UUUCGCGGACGCGAACUGAACAAUAUGGCGUUGGAUGACUCGAGCAAGGUAUCAAAGGUCAAUGGAUUCGGAAUAAAUGAAUUAAUCUUUAUCUCAAUUUAAUUAUUACGUACGUUUCACUUGCACGCUGACGCAUGAUCUCGGUCGUGAUAUACAUUCUGUCUUCAAACGUAUUUUUCGGCGAACAGGGGGACAUGAAGUGCCUACUAUGGAGGUAGUAGAAUUAUUUAAUAAGUUCAAUGAGAGCCUGGCAUCAUACAUAUUUUCAAGAUGGAUUGGAAGAUUCAUAGAAGAAUAUCAGACAUCAAGGACAAUUUUUAUCAUUGGCACAACUCUACUGCUUAUUUUCUUGAUUGUGUCAAUCUUUGUGCUGCGCAAAUGGAAAAACAAAGAAUUUCUGCCGGAGGUAAAGGAGUUUGUUGGAGUAGGCACUGGAAAGCCAAGAUUCAGGAAGAGAGACAAGGUUCUCUUUUAUGGCAGAAAAAUGCUGCGCAAAGUAAAAUCAAUCAGUGGCCAAGUACAUGCUACUGGGCAAGGAAAGAAGAGACGAGCAGUCAUGAGAUUUGCUCGUCGAUUGUUACAACUUAAAAAGGAAACCGUACCACAGCAGCUUAAGGUAUUGGAACCACCCGCUGAGUAUCUGGAAGAAGAUUUAGGUCCUGGAGAGAGAGUACCGCCAGAUGCUUUAUAUAUACUGCAAAGUAUUAGAGUCUUUGGCCAUUUUGAAAAACCUGUGUUUCUGAAGUUGUGCAAACACACAGAAAUUAUGAAUUUAUCAGCUGGCAGUACAUUGUUUAAAAUUGGAGAUCCUGAUGAAAAUUUAUUUAUAGUGCAACAGGGUUUAGUCAAUGUAUAUAUCACUGGAUCUGAUGGCUCUCAAAUAUCAUUGAAAAUAGUGAAAACAGGAGAAUCUGUUACCAGUCUUCUUAGUUUUACUGAUGUACUUACUGGGCAUACAAGUACAUACAAAACUGUAUCUGCAAGAGCAGUGGAAGAUUCUAUUGUAGUAAAGUUACCAAUGUACGCGUUUCAAGAAGUAUUUCAAGAUUAUCCUGAAGCCUUUGUUCGAGUUAUCCAAGUCAUUAUGGUACGCUUACAGAGAGUUACCUUCACUGCAUUGCAUCAAUAUCUUGGUCUUUCUGCAGAAUUAGUUAAUCAGGGAUCACACAAGAAAAAACAAAGUCCAUUCUCUGGUUCGCCAGUACGAUCAAGGACCAGAGAGAAUUUUGCUUCACAAAACGAAGGUAUACCUGGUAUAUUUCCAGUCAGUACAUCGGAAAUGCACGAUACCAGUGAUCUUUCUCAUCGUGAUGUGCUUAAUAUGAGUAGUAGUUCUCAGCCUAUUCCCAUACUUGGAAAUCGUCGAAGAAAAAACAGUGCUGACUGGAAGAAUCAGAAUCUAAAUUCGCUAAAUCAGAAUUUAGCAGAUAUGGUACCAGAAUGUGACUCUCACUGGUCAAUUCCACCUUCAUCGAUGGCAUCUCAAUCAGUGCAUGGAUCACAUACAGAAGCUUCUCAGUCUGGAAAUACUUAUCCUGGUAAAAAACGCCAAACCAAUGAGACAGCACAGCAACAGCAGCAGCAACUAGAUGAAGCACAGCUCGUGCAGAUAGCCACCGACGCAUUUGUUCGUGAACUCGGCAUAGAGGAUGAGACGGUACUCAAAGACAAAGUGCAGAUCAGAGAAGUACCAGCUGGUACUUAUUUAAUGAAAGAAGAAUCUCAUAAGGAUGUCGCACUUGUAUAUGUACUUUCGGGCUCUCUGAUAGUAAGCCAACGCGUAUCAGAAGGCCGGGAUGCGGGUCAAGAAGUACACAUGUUUAGCGCUCAUCAGGGUGAAAUUGUCGGUGGUUUAGCGGUAUUGACCGGCGAACCAUCCUUUUACACGAUCAGAGCGAAGCAUCCCAGUCGUAUCGCGCUACUUAGCAAAUCAACGUUCUUCGCCAUCAUGCGAGAUCAACCUACAGUCGUGUUGCAUGUUGCACACACUGUCGUUCGCAGAUUAAGCCCGUUUGUAAGACAGGUGGAUUUUGCUCUCGACUGGUUGUUUCUUGAAAGUGGAAGGGCUGUUUAUAGACAAGGAGAUGAAUCGGACUCGACUUUUAUAGUAUUGAGCGGACGAUUGCGAUCGGUAAUUACUUACAAAAACGGCAAGAAAGAACCGGUAGCAGAAUAUGGAAAGGGCGAUUUAGUAGGAAUCGUAGAGAUGGUUACGCAAACUCCGAGAUCAACGACAGUCAUGGCGGUCAGGGAUUCCGAAUUAGCGAAGUUGCCGGAAGGUUUAUUCAAUGCGAUUAAAUUGAGAUAUCCAAUUGUCGUCACGAGAUUGAUAAAUCUUCUCGGCCAUCGUAUACUCGGCACUUGGCAACAAGCGAAAAAUGGAAAUAAUGACACUCAGCGAGCCGCAGCAACAGUCGAUGCUAGACCCGCGCAAAUAAAUUUCUCAACUGUUGCCAUAGUUCCCGUGUCGGAUGAUGUACCAUUAACUGCCUUUACUUAUGAAUUGUAUCAUUCUUUAUGUGCCAUUGGACCUUGUCUUCGUCUAACAUCGGAUGUCGUAAGAAAGACUUUAGGAACAACCAUUAUGGAACCCGCAAAUGAGUACCGGCUCACUUCCUGGCUCGCGCAACAGGAAGAUCAGCAUAGAAUUUCUUUGUAUCAAUGCGAUUCGAGUUACACGUUAUGGACUCAGCGAUGUGUAAGGCAAGCCGAUUGCAUUCUCAUCGUGGGUCUAGGUGAUCGACCACCAUCAAUUGGCCGAACGGAGCGGGAGGUAGAGCGAUUGGUCAUGCGAACACAGAAAGAGCUAGUGCUGCUACACAAGGAACAUAAUGGCCAGCGACCCACGAACACUGUUCAAUGGUUAAACAUGAGAUCGUGGGUGUCCAGUCAUCAUCACAUCCAGUGUCCGAAACGGAUGUUUACUAGGAGAUCGCAGUACAGAAUUAACGAGUUGUAUUCCAAAGUUCUCAUGUCUGAACCGAACGUACACAGCGAUUUCAGCAGAUUAGCGCGAUGGCUGACCGGCACCUCGGUAGGUCUCGUACUAGGUGGUGGCGGUGCGAGGGGUGCUGCUCACGUAGGCAUGCUCAAAGCCAUCAUCGAAGCGGGUAUACCCAUAGACAUGGUCGGCGGCGUUAGUAUCGGCGCCUUCAUGGGCGCCCUUUGGUGCAUGGAAAAGAAUAUCACUACCACCACGCAAAAGGCCAGGGAAUGGUCUAAGAAAAUGACGCAGUGGUGGAGGCAAAUUAUGGAUUUGACUUAUCCAAUGACUUCGAUGUUCUCUGGUAAAGAUUUCAAUAAGACUAUACAACAAACCUUCGGCGAUACAUACAUAGAAGACUUGUGGCUUCCGUAUUUCACUAUAACCACAGACAUCACGGACUCCUGCAUGCGCACGCAUAGACACGGAUCGCUGUGGCGGUACAUUCGGGCCUCGAUGUCAUUGUCUGGUUAUAUGCCACCCAUGUGUGAUCCUGUUGACGGCCAUCUCCUGCUCGACGGCGGGUACGUCAAUAACCUUCCAGCUGACGAAAUGUUGCGGCAAGGAGCACAUCACAUUCUGGCCAUCGAUGUCGGCUCACAGGAUGACACUGAUCUGACGAAUUACGGGGACUCGUUGUCCGGCUGGUGGUUAUUGUGGAAACGAUGGAAUCCGUUCGCCACACCGGUGAAGGUACCAAAUCUACCGGAUAUUCAAUCCAGACUGGCGUAUGUGAGUUGCGUACGUCAGCUGGAAGAGGUGAAGAGCUCAGAUUACUGCGAAUACAUCAGGCCACCGAUCGACAAAUACAAGACUCUUCAAUUCGCUAAUUUCGAUGAGAUCAAGGACGUCGGAUACCAACACGGAAAAACAUAUUUCGAAGGCCAGUCGAAAGCUGGAGUUCUGCCUCGAUUCAAUGCAGAUCGAGAAAAUGCGAGAGCUAUGCGAGCAAAGUGUCAGGCAGCUAAUCAACAAUCACCCUCUUCGUAUACUUUCACCGAUCUUGCGCAGAUGGUGUGUAAAGUUUCGCGCGUUAGUCGAUAUAUGGAUUUUGACUUAGAUUCUGAUUCGGAUGAACUGGAGGAAUAUGAAGCAGAUCUAGAAGAGGACGCACAGGAAGUAGGAUAUGCGUCUGAACCUACUGCCGGUAUUUUAGAUCAAAGCCCUGAGGAUAAUCUUUUAAGGCGAAGAACUGGCGUUUCGCUUAGCUUGUCUGAUACCGAAGCGGAGUCGGAACUAGAAUAUCAUGCGACGAUUUUCUGAAUAUUUGUUUAUUCACGAUAUCAUAUCUCACUCAACAUAAUCAGUUCAAUAUAAAUUUAGCUCAGAUAAAUUUAGCACAAAUCUUUUAAUCGCAUAAAAAUCAAAUUCACUUUUCAGUAAGCGAGCGGUGUCAGCGAUAAUCUACAUCAAAGUACAAAAAUAAUUGUUAUAAAAGAUAUAAUCAUUGGAACAUCAUUAUAAAACUACAUCACAGUACGAUAUGUAUACCCGUAUACGCGUAUCGUAAUAAAUGAUUGAUAUAAUUAUUGUUAUUAUCGCUAUAUAUUAAAUAUUAUAUAU